AAAUCUUCCCCUCAAACUCAAAGUGUUAAGACGAGUGACUGGAUGUGCAUGUGAUCCAUAUUUCAUAAACGCUUCCAUACGUUCCUCUCUACUGCUGGACAUGUUUUUCACCCUACUUAUUCUUCUACAUACUGUGUGUACCACACAUCCCAUAGAUCCCUGCUCAGCCUACAUCAGUCUUAAUGAGCCGUGGAGAAACACCGACUACCACGUCAAUAACUCCGCAGGUGUCCCUCUGUGUGACCGACACGUGUCUGGAGAAUGGUAUCGCUUCACAGGGAUGGCCGGGGACGCUAUGCCCACCUUCUGUAUCGAAGAGAACCACUGUGGUACCCAUGCCCCCAUCUGGUUAAAUGGCAGUCACCCACUGCCUCGUGACGGCACUGUCACCGUGCCCGCGUGUGCCAGCUUCAACAAUAACUGCUGUCACUGGACCGCCAGCGUGGACGUGAAGGCCUGUGCUAAGGGUUUUUACGUCUACCGCCUUCCCCGACCCUCCGUCUGUUUCCACGUCUACUGUGGCCAUUUCUAUGACAUAUGUGAUGAGGUGGAGUGUAAUGGUGCUGAUUGUCCUGUUGAGCCUGAAUGUCGCUGUCCUGCUGGGACCGUUCUGGGAACUGAUGCACAAACAUGUCUGGAUGUGAACGAGUGUGAGAAGGGGAAUGGAGGCUGUGCAGAAAUUUGCAUCAACACAAAAGGUUCUCAUCGAUGCGAGUGUGGACUGGGCAAAGUGCUGGAUGUGGAUGGAAAGAGCUGUAAAGAAAUCGCAGGAUGUGACCAUGUGAAUGGAGGCUGUAGCCAUGGAUGCUCCUCAGAGGAGGACUCAUAUUACUGUCACUGUCCUCGGGGUCUAACACUAGGAGAUGACAAACGCAGCUGUGAGGUCCCCGUCCAGUGUGAUCCCAGUUCAAUACAGGUCUCAGUUCCUAAAGACCUGGUGGGAGGACUUGAACUCUUCCUGUCUAACUCCUCUUGUCGUGGCCUUUCCAACGGCACCCACAUUAACCUCCGCUUCAGUUUGAAGACCUGCGGCACUGUGGUGCAGGUCAUCGAUGACAAAAUUAUCGGCACUAACUUGGUGACGGGGUUGCCGCGGUCGAGUCCUGGCAGCAGUGGGGAUUUGAUUGUGCGUACCAGUAAACUACUGCUGCCAAUCACAUGCGAGUUUCCACGUCAGUAUGAAGUGUCAGACGGAUACCUGCCCAGUCUGCGCAACACAGCACUUGAGCUGGCGGGUCACAGUGAAGGAGUUUUCCCCUUUACCCUGGAGCUCUUUAAGAGCGCUGAGUUCUCUGAGGCGUACAGUCAACCUCCUCAGCUGCGACUGCAUGACUCGCUGUACUUCAGUGUUGAACCUCUUGAACGAGUGGAUGGUCUUGCCGCAUUUGUCGAAAGCUGUUUUGCAACACCUAGCUCCAAGGCUGACCAGGCCUUGAAAUAUUACCUCAUUAAAGAUGGCUGUAUUACAGAUGAAACCGUACGUCAGCUUUCAGCCAAAGAUCAGCUCUCCAAACACUACCAGGUCCCUGUCUUCAAGUUCAUUGGCAAGGACAACCGAGAGGUGUUUCUGCAUUGCCGUGUGUUGGUGUGUGGACAGUCCCAAGGCGAGUCCCGCUGCACGCAGGGCUGUCGAAAACGAUUGAGGAGGGCUCUCUGGGCCGACCAGCAUGAAGUGCAAGACAUCCUGUCCAGUGGACCAAUUCGUAUACUACCAGACCCAUGAGACACGCUCGCCAUCCAGCAUGUGUUAGCGCUAACUCACAAAAGAAACAGCUCCCUCUACAGUUUAUACACACAUAUUUAUACAGUACAGUAUAUCUGCAGUAUUCAGACAAUUAUUAUUAUUAAAGGGCACAAUUGUUCAAGCACCAAUACAUGUUAAGCUCUGCUCAAAUGCAUUGAUGGCAUAAUGACAAAAUUAUUCUCUGUUACUGUAGUAUCCUAAACUGAGUCAUAUUAGUCAUAUACAGUGAGGAAAAUAAGUAUUUGAACACCCUGCUAUUUUCCCACUUAGAAAUCAUGGAGGGGUCUAAAAUUGUCGUCGUAGGUGCAUGUCCACUGUGAAAGACAUAAAACAAAUCCAGAAAUCCCAAUGUAUGUUUUUUUUAACUAUUUAUUUGUAUGAUUCAGCUGCACAUAAGUAUUUGAACACCUGUCUAUCAGCUAGAAUUCUGACCCUCAAAGACCUGUUAGUCUGCCUUAAAAAUGUCCACCUCCACUCCAUUUAUUAUCCUAAAUUAGAUGAGGUUGUUAGCUGCAUAAAGACACCUGUCCACAUAAAAUCAGUAAGAAUCCAACUACUUACAUGGCCAAGACCAAAGAGCUGUCCAAAGCACCUCCACAAGGCUGGAAAGGGCUACAGGGAAAUUGCCAAGCAGCUUGGUAAAAAAAGGUCCACUGUUGGAGCAAUCAUUAGAAAAUGGAAGAAUCUAAACAUGACUGUCAAUCUCCCUCGGACUGGGGCUCCAUGCAAGAUCUCACCUCGUGGGGUCUCAAUGAUCCUAAGAAAGGUGAGAAAUCAGCCCAGAACUACACGGGAGGAGCUGCUUCCCCUGCUUAAACCAGCACAUGUCCAGGCCCGUCUUAAGUUUGCCAAUGACCAUUUGGAUGAUCCGGAGGAGUCAUGGAAGAAAGUCAUGUGGUCAGAUGGGACUAAUAUAAAACUUUUUGGUCAUAAUUCCACUAAACGUGUUUGGAGGAAGAAUGAUGAGUACCAUCCCAAGAACACAAGCCCUACUGUGAAGCAUGGGGGUGGUAGCAUCAUGCUUUGGGGUGUUUUUCUGCACAUGGGACAGGGCGACUGCAAUGUAUUAAGGAGAGGAUGACCGGGGCCAUGUAUUGCGAGAUUUUGGGGAACAACCUCCUUCUCUCAGUUAGAGCAUUGAAGAUGGGUCGAGGCUGGGUCUUCCAACAUUUCACACAGCCAGGAUAACCAAGGAGUGGCUCUGUAAGCGGCAUAUCAAGGUUCUGGCAUGGCCUAGCCAGUCUCCAGACCUAAACCCAAUAGAGAAUCUUUGGAUGGAGCUUAAACUCCUUGUUUCUCAGCGACAGGCCAGAAACCUGACUGAUGUAGAGAAGAUCUGUGUGGAGGAGUGGGCCAAAAUCCCUCCUGCAGUGUGUGCAAACCUGGUGAAAAACUACAGGAAACGUUUGACCUCUGUAAUUGCAAACAAAGGCUACUAUACCAAAUAUUAACAUUGACUUUCUCAGGUGUUAAAAUACUUAUUUGCAGCUGUAUCAUACAAAUAAAUAGUAAAAAAUUAAUACAUUGUGAUUUCUGGAUUUUUAUUUUAGAUUAUGUCUCUCACAGUGGACGAUGACAAUUUCAGACCCCUUCAUGAUUUCUAAGUGGGAGAACUUGCAAAAUAGCAUCAUUUCGUAUUUACAGAUCAUUUCGAGGCUAUGAACCUGUUUGAAGUCGUCUGUUUGCAGUAAAGCAUCUGUUAAUGUCAACACAGAACCUUGUAUCUCAAGCUUUCACAAUUAAAUUGAAGCUUUGAACCAAAUUUAUUACAGUCUGUUCAAUUGCUUUUUUAAAAUAUGUAAUAUGUAUUAUUAUGUUCAGCACUGUAUUAUUGAAGUAAUACAACAGUUUUAUUUGUCACAAGCAUUUUAUUGUCUUUCACAGUAUAAUAAACAACCUUUGCAUUGUUAAGGUUCAGACAGAUUAAAUAUUAAUUUGAGGUUAAAUAAAAUUCAAAAUAAAAAUAAGCAUUUCUCUCAGAUGAGUUUUAUUUUACAGCAUAUUGUUUCCUGAACAUCCCUGUGUGGGUUUAUAAAUAUCACUACUCUACCCUUAUGGGUUGAAGAAAUAUUUAUAAUCUUUAACAAAAAAGAAAACAGACAAUUUAACUUAAAGCAAAAGUCAUGCCGACAGCAUCCAUUCACUGGAUUUUUUACUGUAAUGAUAUCAGCUUUCUACCCAUGUUCAUGUAACUUGGACUGGGUAUUUUGUCCUCUUAUAGGAAGAAACUGCACACAGUGAUAAAGUAGCUACAAAUAUGCACUUUCAUCCAAACAUAUCAAAUUCCUUUGUUUCACUUAAACUGAUCCAUCAGCACUAGUCCACACAUUAGUGGGUGAAUCUCACCCAAUAUCACAUUUCACAUAGUCAAACCAAAGAAAAUAUUAUAUACUGUAUUUUGAAAAUAAAAUCUGAUUUCAUUUUUAUUGAGGCAUUGUUUUUGUCAGGGGUUUUCAAAUAGGGGCCCCUCAGAAAAUUUUCAAGAGAAAAACGACAAAUUGUGAAGUCUAUGUGUAGCCAAUUAUUUAAGUUUGUAAACAAUUUGCUUUCUUUAUAAUAUCACAAUUACUAUUUAUCUAUCACAGUUUAAAAUUUCUUUGUAAAAUAUAUGGAUAUAUGUUUUAGGAAAGGGGUCCCUUGCUAAAGUUCCUGCCAUCAAAAAAAUAAAAAACUGUUUUAUGUGACACCUCCACUCCAAUUAUCAAUUUUGAAAAAUACUGAAAUAUUAUUUAAAUUGUAGUAUUUUUUGUACUGCCUGGUAUUUCUUGUGAUUAUUUAAAAAAAUUACUAAAACUCCAUUUUAAUAUUAUAACCCCAUUAGUAAAAAAAAAUCAAA